AAGAGGUAAAAAAAAUGCCCGCGGCUUUGUCAACUUUUGACGAGGUUAGUCCAUCGAAGCUCCUAACCCGACUUCCUCGAUGCGUAACAUAUAUCUGAGGUCGCGCAUCGAGUCCAAAAUAAAUUAGAUGUCUUUGAGACUCUUCAUAAGGAGAGCUGGGUCGGCAGCUUCCACUCCUUGGAGAUCCAGCUCGACAAUGCCAUUAAGAGCCAAGAUAUUAGAUCGCCCAGGUGCGAUACGAGCACAACAAAUGUCUACGGAAGCUAUAAGUGUUCCCAAGGAGUUAGAUACGGAUGAACCCCAUGAUGUCCUUUUCAGCAAUUUCUAUGGUCUGCGGACCAUCGAACUGAACCGGCCGGCCAAGUACAACGCUCUCAAUGCCUCUAUGAUCCGAAAGAUUUUCCCACGACUAGUCGAAUGGGAGAAAUCAGAUAUGGCGAAUGUGAUUGUUGUGAAGGGUGCCGGCGACAAGGCGUUUUGCGCGGGAGGCGACGUGGCUGUGCUCGCGAGGCAAAACCAAGAGGGCCCAGAAGGCGUGCAAAAGUCGAUAGACUACUUCGCUCUGGAAUACCAACUAGACCACUACAUUGCGACAUACCAGAAGCCGUAUAUCGCAUUCAUGGAUGGUGUCACUAUGGGUGGAGGUGUCGGACUUAGUAUCCAUGCCCCAUUCCGCAUUGCUACUGAGAGAACACUCUUCGCCAUGCCGGAGACCAAUAUAGGCUUCUUCCCCGAUGUCGGGGCCUCAUUCUUCCUACCCAGAAUGUCAGGUUUCGUAGGCACAUACCUGGCCCUAACGAGCAGUCGCUUACAAGGAGCGAAUGUAUUCUAUUCAGGGAUUGCGACACAUUACCUACAUUCGACGAGUUUACCGAGCUUAGAAUCGCGUUUGGCUGAAUUGCGAUUUAGGGAUUAUGACAGCAUAGAGGACCGCCUAGCUAUCAUCGAGAUGACCAUUGAGGAGUAUGCUACUGGUCUCCCCCAUGACGUCCCCAUCCAGCUGCAGGGCGACCUCCGUAAGGCUAUUGACCGAUGUUUCAGCAAAAACACCGUUGAGGAUAUCAUAGAUGCUUUGAAGCAAGAGCAAGGAUCUACUAAAUCAUGGGCAGAGUCGACGCUGGAAACUCUGCAUCAGCGAUCACCAACCUCAGUUCACGUGGCCCUUAGGCAGAUGCAGGAAGGACGCAAUUGGUCCAUCUCAAAAACCUUCCAAAGGGAGUAUAAGAUGGCCGCCAAGUUCAUGAACUACCCCGACUUCAAUGAAGGUGUCACGGCACUAUUAAUUUCAGAGGAUGAACCCAAACCCAAGCCGAAAUGGCAACCGGCUAGAUUAGAAGACAUCGAGCCGGGAAGCAACAUUAUUGAUUCGUUCUUUUCACUCUCCAAUAACCUGCCAAGCUUAGAAUUAGUGACCGAAAGGGACUAUAACCACUACCCCUACCAGGAAUUCGGCGUACCUACAGAGGAGGAUGUCGAAAUGACCGUUAGACAUAGCAGGUUGUCUCGUCACGCCAUCCGCGAGGAGUUUGUUCGGAAGAAGAAGGGUAGACAGGGCAUCAGCACUAUCGUGAAUGAGAUCCUAGCCAGGAAGACCAUCGUCAAUGAUGAUGGCAAGGCUGAAUGGAUUGACUGAUAGAACAUCAUGCUGUGGUGCAUGGGGUCUUCAUGUAUAUUAUCAUCAGUCGCCGCCGGCUAGAUGCAAAUACCUAGCGGGAUCACG